UUAUGGGACACUAUGCUGCAUCUUUGAAGUGCUAUUUGGAAGUGGCAGUUUUGGUCAGUGAUUUCUUCAGUCAACCUUUGCCACGUGGUGUUAUGGAUGAUCAUGUUUAUCGAAGAAUGAUAAAAUGCUGCACAAAUCUUCAGUGUCAUACUCAGGCAGCAGUACUUUGCCAAUUCCUUGAAGAAAUAGAUUAUUCAACAGCCUUCAAAUCCCUUGGAGAUAGUAAAAGCAGUGGAAGUUGUGAUGCAAUGGAUGCAUAUUACAAUUGUAUAUGGGACACAACUAUCUUGGAAUAUCUUGUUCAUUUACAUAGUAAACGAGGAGAAACGCAUCGAAAGCAACAAGCAAUUAAAGUUAUUGGCUUGUUGGAACUGAAUGCCAGUAAUAAUGAAGAGAUUCAACGGGAAGCAGCUAAUGUUCGCAAAGCUAGAUUUAUGCGAGCAAUGGCAAGACAAUACUUGAGUUGAGAUAAAAAAUGUUUAUUAUAUUUUGUACAGCAUUUCAUGUCCUCAUGUGUAAAGCAUGCAGAAAAUGAACAGUUGAGAUUCAUUCUUCCAAUAAUUUCGUUGAGUUCAUUUGGGUCUCACAAAUUUCUUGCCUCCUUUUUGUUUUUUGUUAGCGGUAGCUUUCUCAUC